AUGGAGGGCCAUAAGAAGGCCCGGGGGCGCCGGGGCCUGGCAGAACGCGCGCCGCAGUUGCAGGAGAUGCUGGCGCGCUACUCGCCGUGGGGGCGGCCGGGCGGCGGGGCGCCCAACCCCGAGGUGCGCAAGCGCAAGCUGCACCUGCAGGAGCUCUUCCCGGACGGCGACAAGGGCCGGACGGCGAUUAUGGCGGCGCCGCCCCCUCCUCCGAGGCAGCGCUCUGGGCACAGCGGCGGCGGCGGCGGCGGCAGCGCGGGGCUGCGCAGCGACACCCAGCUCCACUUCCAGGCGAACGAGCCGGGGCGACGCGCAGUGGACGUGUUGCGGUACCGCCAGGCGCCGCAGCAGCAGCAGGCCUACCGCCGGGAGCUCGACGCUCUGGUGGACGACCGGCGGCGCCAGCGCGAGGAGGAGAUUCGCAGCUGCACGGAGCGCGAGCGCCUGAGGAUCAAAGAGGUGGUUGGGAAGCGCGGAAAGGCCGGAAGAAGGGGAGAAAAGGAGGGAAAUGGGGGGGAGAGGGAAAGAGCAAAGCGCGGCGCCGCGCGACCGGUCCGCGCUGUGGGCGCCGUGAACGCCCUGCAAGCAGUCCGCUGCGACGCCGUGGGGGCGGCCGGCGGCCCUGCGGGCUCCUCUGGCGGCCACCCCUCGCCUCAUCGGCCUCGCUCCUCUACUCGCUGGGGUGGACUGACGAAUCGACUCUACGCUCGAUAUCGACUGGGAGAUAUGACGUUCGAGAAGGACCUGACGGCGAGGGGCGAUCGAUGGCUGCAGCGCUGCGCGGUGCCGCAGGCGGGCGUCGAGCUGGUGCCGCUGCUGGCGCGGCGCCGCCACCCCUGCCGCCGACCGCCACCCGCUCUCCAGCACCGACGUCACGCGCCAGGCGCUGCCUCGCCCGUCGUCAGAGUUGACUGGAAAGCCGCGGCCGCACGCUCGUACACGGCGGACCUCACGCAGCAGGUGGCCACGAAGCAGCAGUACUUGCAGCGCCUGCGCCAGGAGGACGUGGAGGGCUGCCGGCGCCACUUCGCCACGUGGCAGUCGCUGUGGGGGCGGCCGGGCCACGGCGCCCCGCGCGACGACGUGCUGCGCCGCAACCUAGACCACCUGCUGCGCCAGCUGCCCGUCACGUGAGCCCCCCCCCGCCCCCCUCCCUGCCGCGUCAUGUGUUCAGCGCCCUCCGGUCCCGCCCUUGCCCCUCCCGUGGCUUCUCUGACCAAUUUCUUCCUUCAAUUCUUUCACCCCCCCUAUUUGUUUAAAACUUCUGUCAGUCUUCGUUCAAUUCGUUCUUCUCCGCACGACUUGUUUCUUUCGAGUGUUUGAUGCUGCCUCAUUUCUGUUGUUGAUCUAGUUUAAUUUUUAUUAUUUUUCUUCUCAUUCUAGUUCCUGUAGCUUUCCCUUCACUAUUUCCAUUAUUUGUUACAUUUCCCAUUUUAUUUCUCUCAUGAUUUUAUUCCGUUAUUACUUUUAACGAGCUUUAUCAAUAUAUUAACUCUUUUCUAGUUUUUGUGCUUCCAAUUACAAAGAGAAGAACUCCUAAUCCAUUUCCCAGAUUACGCUUUUUUCCUCAUAUUCGUUACAGUCAAUACAUUUUGCCUAUUGUGUGAUACCAAUGACAAUGCCUAAUGGAUGUUGGAAAUGUUGCUAGUUAAGAUCACAAAAAAUAUUCUUUAUUGAAUCUUAAAAGUUAUUACUUCUGCAGUAGUGCUCCUUAUGUAUUUCGCACAUGGGCAGUUUCCGAAUUUACAAUAUUAACUUGACUAAGUUGUAAAUUGAAUGUCAAGUGUGAUGGAAAGUAAAGUAUCUAAUGGUAUUUCAUUUCAUUUUUAAGCGUUGCAUAAGCUAAAAAAAUCUUUUUGAGAAAACACGCUCGUGUUGCUACGAAGAGUUUAUAAUCUAGAAUGAUUUUGUUUAUAAUAUACAAUACAAUAGAAAAACGAACCUUUUGACGAGGUCAUCUUCUAUUAAAAAUAUAAAAUUUGAAUACACUCAUUCAAGGGUUCUAAAUACUUUACCUGAGUUGUUUGGUGCCUUUUGAUUAAUUGUGUGUUAUCUAACUUUAUAACAUUACACGAAUAAUUAUUUCAAGAGUUUAUGUUACUUUUUGUCACUUUUUAUAUAAUUAAUUAUAUCUAUGACAUUUCUACUGUCUUUUAAGUUACAGAAUUUCAUAUUAAAUGUAAAUUAUCUUUUUUUCUGUUCUUCUUACCACAAAGAAACAAGAUCGUAAGUUAACUGAGUACAUAACAGUCAAAAUGAUAAGGAGGGCUCUGACACAUUGUUUCACGUUUUACUCAUCUGAAUUAUUCAUUUCCGUUUUUCCUUUGUGGUUUACUUGAAAGAUAAUUAAUUUGAACUAUUUUUUUCUUUACCACAGUAGUUUUUGCUUCGUGCUCUUCAAGGGCUCUGUUAUGUUAGCAAAUUAUUAAAAUACUUCAGAAGCUUUAUUUCAAAUUCUUUUCUCAGAUCUUAUGGAUGAAAUAAAAUAGUGAAGGAAAUAUAUUAUAGUUCCAAAAUAUCCACAAAGAGUCAGUUGUAGUAUUAUUUUUUAGAAUGGAUGAAAAAGAUUUAGAACGAAAAGGAAACGUACUGAAGCUAUAUUACACUGAACAUUGCUUAUUCUCUACCACUUUAAAAUGUACAAUAUGACUUCCACACAACAUAAUGCUGUACAAGAAACAUCAACAUAUGGAUAUGAAAAUACUUGUAGAAGACUCUGCAUUGUAUCACUCUGUAAUUGUCAAUCUACUGUCGUUGUGGGCGUAAAAAUUCUCCACUAGAACAAAAAGUAAACCUCAAAAGCAUAAGAAUAUUGAGAGGAUUUAUUAACGCUCAUGUAAUUUUGUGAGUUCAUUAUUUUUAUAUAUUUAGUAAUUUAGGUUGUAAGGAGAUAUCAGUAGAGUGAAAUUUAUAUUGUAAUACCAACAUAUUGAUUUAAAAUCUAUGGUUAUGAAGAAUGUAUGUUGUAAUGUAAUACAUUUCGAGUAUAUAUUUAUGAUAUCUAAUUAUUUUGAUUAUGCCAUUAAAAAUAGUUGAACAUUUUUUGUUAGAAAUUUUAUUAUAUUAACAUUUAAUUGCAACGUAGCCUAUGUUUGUUACUGAGGACACCUUACACUGAACUUUGUAGUUAUUAUGUAAUUAAAUUGGUAUGCAGUAAUAUACUUUUAUACACCAUAUUUGGUUGAAAUAACUCAAACAAUUUACACUACUUAUUGAUAAUUAAAGUUCAAGGUAACAAAAUACACCAAGCGUGAUUACAGUUCCUCCCCCCGGAGAGUUUCUCUUGGUCUACAAGAUGCCGGCUCACAGCGACUUCGUAUGCUACGUUGUGAUAGGUAGCUGUAUGAAAGUCGAAGGAGAAUUUUUGGCGCCGUUUCAUAUCAUCACAAAUGUACAGUAAGAAAUACAAUUAAAGGGAAAUUAUUUGUAGUGAAAUUCAAAUGACAAUAAUCACAAAGUUGAUGCAGAUUUCUCCACAACAUAUAAUAUCACCCUCAUAAAAAUUCCUCAAUGAAUAUUAUUAUUCAAUAAAAUGAUGUAAUAAUUUUCAGAAAUAAUAGUAUAUUUAUCCAAAAGAAAAUCUCUAGUUAUCAACGAUGAAUUCACGCUGCUGUACUAAUACUUGUAUUUCUGACAUAUCACUUACUGUUACAGAAUUCAAAAUGUGAUUAUGGUGACCGAGAUAGCAGUAUAGCGUAUGCCUUUCCAAAUACUCUUUGUAAAGAAAAUGUGUUUAUAAGUUGUUAUUGUUCGGAAUAUAAAAUUGAAAAUGUUUAAAAUGAUGCAUAUUUGUCUGUAGUAGUUGGAAAUUUAAAAAAAAACUUGAUAAAUACAUUUUACAAUUGUGCAUAUCAAAAUUAUGUUUGUAAUAGUUAUGCAAUUUAUCCCCAAGUUGUCAAGUGUAUGCCCAACUGUUUUCUGAAACUGCUUUCCACACAACCAACCUGUUUACAUUCCUUCUAUCAUAUUUAAAUCCCCUCCCAUUUCUUCCAUCAUGCACAAAUAACAAAUCAAAAACUGGUUUGGAUAUUAUUCGCGCACGUUUUCUUAAACCUUCAAUUCCCUACUCGCGUUGGUAAUUUCUAUGACAGGAGUAUUGUAUCAAAUAUUUUGCUCGUUUUUAUUUGCAGAAUAGUUUCUUGUACAGGGAGCGAUCAUUUCUGCUAAUUACCUUUUGUCAAGAACGCUCCUCGCUAACAUUUAUUCUUAACUGAAAUAAUAUUAGUAAAUAUUAAAUUGUACAAUCAUUCGUUAUACUGUAUACAGUCUUUUAUAUUCACCACAUGUUUUUAGAAAAGGGACAGAUUUAAAAAAAAUCAUACGUUAAAUACCUG